AUGUCCUCGACGAGCCGGCCAGCAUCAGAGCCGGCUCCUCCACCGCCUCAGAAUCUGGCCGCCUAUUUACCUGAGCUCUUUGACGAGAGCGUCACCGCCAAAGCCCUGCGCGUGGCCCAGCGGAAUCUACAGGCAGCAUCAGCGUCAGCACCAGCGUCACCCAUCGGCUUCCCCGAGACGGUGCCCCAGGCGGGCCCCAACGCCGGCAUCUACAGCCUCCGCGAAGCCGAUUUUUGGACCUGCGGCUUCUUCGCCGGCCACCUCGCCGCCCUCCUCGAGCGCGCAGUCACGUAUCCGCAGCACGUGCGCACGUCACUGCCGCCGGCCCUGCUGCGCGCCGCGCUCGCGCGCCAGACGUCGCUCUGGUCGGCGCCGCUUCACGCCCUGUCGUCGCGCACCGACACACACGACCUCGGCUUCAUGCUCAUGCCGGCGCUCCGCCGCACCUGGGAACUGACCCACGACGCCGCGAGCCUCGCCUCUCUCGUCGCCGCCGCCGACUCGCUCGCCACGCGCUACGAACCGGGCGCCGCCGCCAUCCGCAGCUGGGACGUCCUGGCCCGGCGAGACCGCGACGGUGGCGGCAGCGGCGAGGCCGUGUCCGUGAGCGACGGCGCCUCGUCCAUGUUCGUCAUCAUCGACAGCAUGUGCAACCUAGACCUGCUCUACUACGCCGCCGCCCACGCCGCGCGGCCCGACCUCGCCGUUGUAGCGACAGCGCAUGCGCGGACCCUGCUGCGCACGCAUCUUCGACAAGAACCCCCGACGACGCCACCGCCAUCCAUGAAUAGCAGCAGCAGCAGCAAAGCCUACGCCGGCCCUCUCUUUUCGACCCACCACGUGGCGAACCUCGACCCGGCAACGGGCGCCGUACGAUGGCGCCGCACGGCCCAGGGCUACAGCGACACGAGCACCUGGGCGCGCGGCCAGGCCUGGGCCGUCCUCGGCUACGCGCAGACCUACGCCUGGACGCGCGACGCCGUCUUCCUGGCCGCGGCCUGCGGGCUCGCAGAGCACUUUCUCGCACGCCUCGACGGCGCGCCGCCCGCCGUGGAUGCGGCCAUCGGCGGCGGACGAACGGCUGGGCGGUACGUGCCGCUGUGGGACUUUGACGCGCCGCUCGAGGACGACGGCGAGGGGCGGCCGUUGCGGGACACCUCGGCCGGGGUCAUCGCCGCCAACGGCCUGCUCGUGCUGGCGCAGUCGCUGGCGGCCAUCGGCAAGCACGAGCUGUCGCGGCGCUUCUUCGAGGCGGCGGUACGCAUCGUUCGCGAGACGCUGGACUUGUCGCUGGCGGCGGAGAAGGCGAGGUUCGUGGCGCGCGGCGACGGUCCGGGUCGUGACGACAGCCUCGUCGUCGAAGACGUCGCACCGGGGCGUACCUUUGACGCCAUCUUGAAAAACGGCACGGCGAACAACAACGAGCAUGCGCUGCGGAGGCUCAAGAACCAUGGCCUUGUAUAUGGCGACUAUUAUCUUGUCGAGUUUGGCAAUCGCCUGAUGAAGAUGGGCUUCAUAUGA